AUGACUCUCGGUUUCAUGAUCUGGUCCAUCUGGGGCUUCAUCCUUGGCGGUGCCCUUCACCCGAUCCAAAGCAUAUUCCCGCUGUUCGUGGUCAUGUACGGCAUCUUCAUGGCAUUGGGCGAAAUGGGACCCGGUGUAUCUACCUUUCUCUGUGCGGCAGAGUCCUUUCCUACCCCUCUCCGGGGCCACUUUCUGGGGCUUGCCGCCGCUGUAGGCAAGGCUGGUGCUUCCAUUGGCACGGAAGUGUUCACUCCUAUCCAAAACUCAUUUGAUACUACUGCAGAGGGACAGCAGGCUCGACCGACUCGUGGCCCCGCAGUCCGCCGCAAUGGCACACUCCAGUCUUGUGAACCAUGUCGCAAAUCGAAGCUGCGGUGCGACCACGCAAGGCCAGUGUGUGGCAGAUGUAUAGCGAAGAAGAUCACUGCACGGUGUUUCUACCAUCCAGCUCCAAUGACAAAGGGGGUGGUCUCAAAUCGGACCAGUCCAAUCGGAGCGUCACGGGGCCUAACCGUUCAACCAAGAUCAAAUGUUUCGAGCCCAACAUUGGCUACGGAAAGUACUCGCCUCAGUGCAAACCUAGAGCCAACCCCUGAAUUGCCUGGAUACUUAGGGGCGACUAGUUAUUCUGCCGUUCUCACGGAGCAUCGCAGUGAUCUCCCCUUCGAUAUGGACAGCAGUAAGGUGGCAAGCCCUUCUGCUAGAUUCGUUGACCCAGACCGUUUAAGAGCUGGACUGGAGCUGUUGAAGCUCAUUUAUGAUUUGCCUAUUUACGAUGUUUUGAUCCGGAAAUUAUACUCCCGAAAAGCAAUCGUGGUAGUCCCGAUUACCGUCAUUGAGGCCGUUAUUGAAACGCUCCGAACUACCUUUGAGGGUUUAGACCUCAGCAGCGACAUUGAUGCCCAGUUCCAGGCUUUAGUCUACCAAAUAUCUCAAAAUACAUCCAGACCACUAACCCCGCAUCGUUCGAUGACCGUCCAUGAGUAUUGCGCUUCGUUCACCGGCAAAAAUCUUCGAUGGGAGGCUCUUGGGGCCGUCUUGACCAUCUCCGGAAUAUCCCUAAUGUCCACAUCUGAUAAUGACCCAGACCUAGUCCAAGCAGCACCUAGCAAUGAAGCCCGCGAGAGACUGCGUGCUCAAAUCGUGGAGGCAAGCAGUGUCUGUCUCAGCUUUUGUGACCAGGCAUCUUCAAUCAACGAGUUAUUGGGCUUUGCUCAGUAUAAUGAUGUGAUGUUGAAAACUCAACAUUAUGGUGAUACAAGCUAUCAGGCCUGGCGCCGACUGGGAGACUUGUCAGCGACUGUGUACGCUGCCGGCUUCCACCAGGAAAGUUCGCAAGUGGACGAUUGCCCCUUUUUUCUCCGGCAAUGGAGAAGAAUAUGCUUUGCUUCCGCCUUUUAUGCAGACAAGGCAAUAGCCACGUUUGUGGGGCGGCCACCGCUAAUCAAUUAUCGUUACUGCACGCUGACACCCCCUAUGGAUUUGCAUGAGGACACACUGGUGGCAGGUGAUGAAAGCCUCACUCAAGAAAUUUCGAGUCUGAGCAUGGAAGGCUGGAAUACCCAGAGGCCAAAUUACAGGGUGGGCAUGAUACGUCUUCGAUUCAUCUUCUCGGUGUAUAGGGAUCAGGCGCUUGAGUUGGCGUUGGGAACACAUGACGACUGGGAUUUCGUUGAAAAGUCCAAUAAAAUUAUCGAGAAAGCGCGAGCCACGUUGGAAGCGGCCCCGUCCUUUAUACGAUACGAUGUCCAAGGACAAGACGAGGAUGCGGAAUCAUAUGCAUCGUCUUUCCCCAGUCUCCACAUAUACCUGGAUUACCUCUACACCAUCUUCCUCCUCCAGCGAGCCCUGGUGAAACGCACAAAUACAGGCCAAGAGGCGUUGAUUGAUACGUCAAGACAGGCUCUAUCCAUCGUUAUCAGGAUCGGCUCCGAGUGUGAGCAGUCCAUGGACUUGAACAGGCAUUUCUCCUGGAUUAUCCUGUACUAUGGAGUUCCCAGCGCUAGUGUUCUGACGCUUGAGCUUCUUCACCAGACCCAGGGAAUCAGGCCGCACUCUAUUGCGUUGCCUCGCGCGGAAAUCAUUCGCAAUUUGAGUGUAUUUCUGUCAUGUCUGUCGUGGGUCCCGCGUCCGACCUAUGGUAAUUACCAGACCUGCAAAGAAGCCGAGAAGAAAUUGUCCCAUAUCCUCGACCAAAUUAUCGACCCACAGCCUAUUCAACGAGAUGCCUUCAACGACGUGACCUCUGGCCUGGAUAACUUUCUGGACUGGUACAAUCCUAGCACCUGGGACUUCAACGCCGAAUAUCCGCCCUCCACGGACGGCUUUGGUCUUUCAAGGAAUUAG